GGGGGCCGGGGUUCGUCUGGCGAAUGGCGUCGUCGCGCCGCGCGCGCGCGCUCUGUGACGCCCGGCCCGGCGUGUUCUUGGAGAGCGGGAGGUGUUCUGUCGUCUUGGUUGGUCGCUGUGCGAUGCGAUCCGAUGACCAACGGGAGAUGCUGUUAUUACAAACAAGAAGAGCGGUCUGUGGUCGCCACCCGUGUGUGGUGUGGGUGGGCUGGAAUGGAUGUCCUGCUCUAGACUCCAGUGCACUCCCAGCUCCUACAUAUAUAUCAGAUUCAGAGCAGAGCAGAGCAGGGUUUUGCACUGCCGUUUUACGUUUGGUGCUCGCGACAGCUAGAGUAUUUCGGAUUUAUCUACGUAUAAUAAAGUUGCAUCUUUUAUCGAACACGAACGGACGGAACGAGUUUUAUCAAACAAGAAUCGAGCGUCUUGCGAACGCUUCGAAUCCAAUCAGACUAAAAAUCAUGGCGAACAGAUAUGCGGCACAAUCUCUACAGGAGGAUCUCUUGGUCACACGGACUCACAUUUGCUCAGCGCCACUUACCUGUAAACGAUUUCGUGUGGACCAACGACCAAUGUGCUCGAGUGCGCACUACUACUAUUUCUUUACCCUUCCACUUCCAGUUCCAUUCUGUAUUUGCGUUGCCGUUCACGGCCUCACGGGGCACGUUGCCUGCACCGUGCUUCGAAAAGAUGCGCUUUGCUUCAGCACCCGGCGAUCCCGUUGCCGUCAGCCGACUACCAUUUAUCACUGGCGUUGGGUGUGCACUUGUCUUCCGUUCGUAUUUCUCUCCUUCUACACUUACGGGCAUGAUUGGUUGCAUGAGCGACAGGCGCAUGGCUCGACCAAGCCUGGCCUACCGCAAACGUGGUUUCUCUGCUUCUCCACGCAUGCAACAAAAAUGGCUCGAUUUGGCUUUAGCUGCACACCCGCACAUGCAAGUGUGCCCAUGCACAUACAGACAUCCAAACAUAAAUUAGAGGUCAGUCAACGCAUGGACAGAAGCCGGUUGCCGAGAAGCACGCAACCAACCAAUCUUAAAAGAAUCUCUCAUUGUAUUUGUGUGUUGUUUCUAGCCUAUAUCUAUUCUCACAGUUAGGCGGGUUUAGAGUUGUUCAACCGGCCUUAAUAGCGGUUGAACCGGUUGCACCAGUUGAAAUAUUUAUUUGACAUUAUUUCGAUGUUUAUGGUGAACAUUUCAGAUUUAGUCUAUUCACCUCUCUCUAAACUAAGUUCAGUCUUUCAGCCUUUUUACAUUAGAAAACUCACCAAACAUUUGUAUAGCAGACAAUAACCUUAUUUGGGUUCUCAUUGAUGGGUAUUAGAGAAAGGUUGAUGGGUGAGAGAUAUUUCUGUUGUUCGUUGUUAUAUAAAAGCCGAAAACAAUAGUAGAUUAGGUAUACUGCAAUCCCAUGGACCUUUUGAGCUUGUUACUAGUAUUAUCUAGUUAGGGCUUGUUGAGUUUUUUAUUACUUUGUUUUUUUGUCAAGUCGUGGGUCUUAGUUUAACCCUUUAGAGUUUUGAGUUCUCGCCAUGUCUUGUUACAGUCACGUGUCACCAUAUAUCCUCUUUGUUCAUCGAACCGAAUUUCACAUUGUUUCAAUUUAAUUUUGUGUCGUGCUCUCGAAGUCGGAACUAAAAUCCAAUAGUUUGUAAAUCUAAGUCAGCUAUGUAAACACAUCAGUAUUAGACUGUUAUACUAGUGUUGCCUAUCUAAACUCAAAUACCUGAUUUACAUAUUCACUUACUAUGUAUAUAGAGAAUACCUUUUAUUGGAGGUGUGCCUUUGCUGAAGGUUCUCAAAUUAAUAAGUCUUAGUUGUCUUGUGCUUUGUUCCAUGUAAGCAAAAUGAUCUUUGUCACAUCCAUCCAUAUAGGCUAAAGAAGGCGAGUAAUACCUUCGACAUUAACGCUUAGCCAAGGCACCCAGUGGUACCUGAAGCAUACGAUAGCGUAUGACAAGGAGACGAAGGAGGGUUCAAGCGACAUGUUCAAAAUGUUUCUAAGAGGCAAAGGCAAUAGCGCCCUCGAUAAUUUCUAUAGGUCAUAUGUAUAUGAUUUGAGGACGUAAAUGUAAUUUCGUACAAAGUUGUAUGUUGUGCUAUCCAUAUAAGUAGUUGUACAGUACCCAUGCAUCCAGAGGAACUGUUUACUGUUGCAUAUCAUAUUCACUCUUG